AAAUUCACGACUGACGAUUCGGAGGGGCAACUUUUUGGCGAUUGACUCUCUCUAUCCAGCGACUGCACCACCUUUCUCCCCCAGCAGCCAUGGCGACCGCGACGAUGACCGCGCAGGCGCCUGCCGGGACGCUGAACAAGAAGAAGGCGGCCGACAUGAUCCCCGAGAGCGAGCGCUUCCUGCGCUGCUGCGCCGACCUCGCAAACGCCCUCAUCGAAGAUCACGAGGCCCAGAAGAAUGGCCAGCCCGGCAAGGACGUCAACCUGAACACGAUCCGCGGCAAGAUGGCCAAGAAGCACAAGCUCAAGUCCGUGCCGCCCCUCACCGCCAUCAUCGCCGCCAUUCCCGAGCACUACAAGAAGUACAUCCUGCCCAAGCUGAUCGCCAAGCCGAUCCGCACGAGCUCAGGCAUCGCGGUCGUGGCGGUCAUGUGCAAGCCGCAUCGCUGUCCGCACAUUGCCUACACGGGCAACAUCUGCGUCUACUGCCCCGGCGGGCCGGACUCUGAUUUCGAAUACAGCACACAGUCCUAUACUGGAUACGAACCCACCUCCAUGCGAGCGAUUCGCGCACGCUACGACCCCUUUGAGCAGGCGCGUGGGCGAGUGGACCAGUUGAAGAGUCUGGGGCACUCGGUCGACAAGGUGGAAUAUAUCCUCAUGGGCGGCACGUUCAUGUCACUCUCCGAGUCCUAUCGCGAGGACUUUAUUGCGCAGCUGCACAAUGCGCUGAGCGGGUACCAGACGUCGAACGUGGACGAGGCCGUGGAAGCGGGCGAGAUGAGCAACAUCAAGUGCGUGGGAAUCACGAUCGAGACAAGGCCGGAUUACUGUCUGCAGCCGCACCUCACAGACAUGCUGCGGUACGGCUGCACGAGGUUGGAGGUCGGCGUGCAGAGUCUGUACGAGGACGUGGCGAGGGAUUCCAACAGAGGCCAUACGGUUGCCGCGGUGGCAGAGACCUUUUGCCUGGCCAAGGAUGCUGGGUUCAAGGUCGUCAGUCACAUGAUGCCUGACCUGCCUAACGUGGGCAUGGAGCGCGACAUGGAUCAGUUCAGGGAGUACUUUGAGAACCCUGCAUUCCGAACCGACGGUCUCAAGAUCUAUCCUACACUAGUCAUCCGUGGCACGGGGCUCUACGAGUUAUGGCGCACAGGACGGUACCAGAACUACACACCCAACGGGCUCAUCGACCUCGUGGCAAGAAUACUGGCCCUCAUCCCGCCGUGGACACGAAUCUACCGCGUCCAGCGUGAUAUCCCCAUGCCACUCGUCUCCUCCGGCGUGGAGAACGGCAACCUGCGCGAGCUGGCGCUGGCGCGUAUGAAGGACUUUGGCACCUCGUGUCGCGACGUGCGCACACGCGAGGUCGGCGUCAACGAGGUCAAGAACAAGAUCCGCCCCAACCAAAUCGAGCUCGUGCGUCGCGACUACACAGCCAACGGCGGCUGGGAGACGUUCCUGGCCUACGAGGACCCCAAGCAGGACAUCCUCGUCGCGCUGCUGCGUCUGCGCAAGUGCACCGAAAAGUACACCUACCGCGAGGAGCUGACAGGCCAGCCGACGAGCAUGGUGCGCGAACUCCACGUGUACGGCACCGCCGUGCCCGUGCACGCGCGCGACCCGCGCAAGUUCCAGCACCAGGGCUUUGGCACGCUGCUCAUGGAGGAGGCCGAGCGGAUCGCGCGGGACGAGCACGGCAGCGACAAGCUCAGCGUCAUCUCGGGCGUCGGUGUGCGGAGCUACUACCGCAAGCUGGGCUUCUGGCUUGAUGGGCCGUAUAUGAGCAAGUGGCUCGACGGGCGGCCGCAGCCGGAGGAGUAUUGAGACAAGCGGGUAGGGAACAGCAUGGGACGGCGUAUCUAGGCGCAUUGCUUCUUCAUGGGAAUGAAUACGGACACGGAAUUUACAACUUUACUGUCACUACGUACACGGACGUUCAUGUUGAUCACCUCGAGGCUCGGCCCCACGUCCCGGUCUCCGAGCUGUCGAAACGGUAGGCCGCCUCCACCGCCGUUUGCCUCUCUGGAGUCUGCACCAUUACAUACAUACACCGCCAGUGUAAGCCAUCAUGACAGUCCGACGCAUCGUUCCCUCCGACCCAGCUACUUCAGAGUCAUCAACAGACCCCUUCGCGCUCCCGCCGCAAAGACGGCAUCUUCUCGUCAACGCUCGUGUCGUAGAGCCCCUCUACUCCUCCGUCACAGACCUCACCUGCGUACGGCUGACUGACGGU